AAAUAAUAUAAAAUCAUAACAUUGAGAAAUACGUGCGAUUCCCUAUAAUACAAAACGUAAGUCAAACAAAUACGUUACUAUUGAUAUUGAGUGGUUCCCACUAAUUAUUCUCCUAAUUUUGUCAUUUUGUCCAUUUUAAUAGCAUAAUGUAUUGUCACAAAAAUGCAACAUUUAAUAUUUAUAUCCAAAUUUGUGAUCUUCUCAAAGAACUCAAGAUAAAAAAAAACAAGAGUUCUUGCUUAAGCAUUUAUUGAUUGGAGCCAUUAAAGCUUUUAUAUUUCUCGUGAAUUUUUGAGCCAAAACGGUUAUAUAUUUCUUGAGUUUUUCUUUUCUUGUAACGGGUCCGAGUCACGAUGAGUCAACUCGGAGAUUUGCUUAGAGAAUCAGAAGAUGGAACAAGAAGUGAGAGGACGAUGAUGAUGAGUUUGCUCGAAGAAGAUCAAAUCAACGGUGGAGAUAGAACGAUGAGCAAAUGGACUACGUUAAAGCAACGGCUGAGAUUUGAUUGGGUUGGUUGUUGUGGUAAGCCUCUUACUCUGCGUCUCAGACAAGCGGAGACACCAAUCGUCGUCGAUGAUGAUGACGACGAAGAAGAAAGUCAAAACCAGGUCGUUGACUUUUCGGAUCCGGGUACGGGUACGGAGUUGGAUUGUUUGACACGUGGCUCAACGAGGAACCUUGCAGAGGCUUUAGCGGAGGAGAGAUUAGCGCACGUGACGGAGGAGGAGACAGCAGUUACUAAAGUACCGUUGAUGAGGUUGCUUGCGGAAUCGGACGGUUGUGAUUCGACGACGACGUGGUUGGGUAAUGAUCCGCUGUGUUGUGUGUGUAUGGGAAGAGAGAAAGGUGCGGCUUUUAUUCCCUGUGGACAUACGUAUUGUAGAGUUUGUUCAAGAGAGAUUUGGAUGAAUCGUGGGACGUGUCCUCUUUGUAACCGUUCGAUCUUUGACGUUCUUGAUCUUUACUGAAAAAAAAUUCAUAGAUCGAUCUGAUCGACGGUGAUGAUAUGUUAAAUUUCUUUGUGCAUAUUUAUAUUAGUAAUUACAUGAUUUGGUGAUGAAUCUUGUAGUAAAGAUAAAUAAAUGGUGACUAAUCAAAAAGGUACCACUAAUUAACGUUGUGAACAAGUACUUAUAGAUCUUUAAAGAAAAAUAUUCUAUAUAAUUUUAUGAUUAAAUUUAGUAACUUUUCUCUUAUUCACUUCAAAAACAAUAAUUCAAGUCAUUAUAUAUUUUCAACCGUUGUUACUUGUUUAGUAGAGUGUUUUUUUAAUAGUAAACAUAGUUAGACGUAGUCACGUAGAACUUGAUCUCAUCAACUUUGG